AUAAAAAUAAAAGAGAAGAAGAUUUGUGCUGUAUUCAUUUUAUGAUAGUUUAAUAUUUAAAAUUUAUCUGUGGUAAAAUGAUAAAAUUUAAUAAUCUUCUUCAGUUAAAUCGUUCUACUGUGUAUUAUUGUAAAUGUAGAUUAUCUAGUAAUAAAGAAUCUACGAUACCUGUUAAACAGGAGGAAGUGAAAGAUUCGGUAAAGUCAUUCAAUCCCAAAGAUGUUACAAAAGCAGAUAUGAAAUGGAGAACACCUUGGCAUCAAAAAGAAGGACAACAUUACAGCUUUUUACGAGUUUUUUACAAAGAAGAAACAAAUACAAGUCUUCUGCAAAAAAUACAGGCGCCCAUAGAUUUAUCUCCUAGUGCGAUAAAAAAGUGGUGGGCAAAGAAAAAGGAACGCGAAGCAAUAAUUUUACAAUCGUAUAUACCCGAAAGAAAUCAAAUACUUGGAAAUGAACUAGCUGCUGCCCAUUUCAUUGUACACAGGGGUGGAGCUAUAAAAUUUUUUGAUGAAGACAGAUGGAUAAAAGCAGAUGAAAAUAAUGAAUAUAAUCUUCCUAGAUUUUUUGAAGAAGAUAAAAUACUCCAAGCAAUCGACUGCAGUAACAUGAAUCUAUACUAUGAAGGGAUGGCCAAUUUAAGAGAUUUAAAACAAGUGGAAUGGUUAAGUUUCAAUGGAUGCUCACAUAUAGAUGACUGGUGCCUAGAUACUAUUAGUAAUAUAUUCAGCCAUAGCCUAAUAUAUUUAGAUUUACGAAAUUGUCCUAAUAUUACAUCAAGAGGAAUAGGAAGUUUAUAUAAAUUACCUUAUUUAAAAAUAUUGUAUUUGGAUGAUUUUUUAAAAUCCACUCAGUAUGAAUUAACAUGUUUGUUGUUGCAGGAAGUUAAUCCUGAAUUAGAUAUUAGAAGUGAUCCUGUUACAUUUGAAAUAUCAAGAUAGUGAAAUUAUAUGUUUUUAAUUUGAUGAAUCCAGUUUUGAUGAGAUGAAAAAUUGUUUAAUCAUUCUGUUAAGUACCAAUUAAAAAAUGUUCUGUUUGUAAAAUUUA